UUUGUGGGUCUCCGGCCAAGGCCGGGCAGCAGCGUUCUUCGCGCCCUCUGGGUCCCUAGCUUUGCUCGGGUCAGGCGCCGAGAUCCACGAUGAACCGGUGCGCUGAGGCGGCCGCGGUGGCUGCCACGGUGCCGGGCUCAGGCGUCGGGGACGCGGGGUUGAGACCACCCAUGGUACCUCGCCAAGCGUCCUUUUUCCCGCCGCCAGUGCCCAACCCCUUCGUUCAGCAGACGCGGAUCAGCGCGGCCCGACGGCUGCAGAUUUUUCUUCUUGGAAUUAUUCUGCUUCCGGUCCGUGUAAUAUUGGUUGCAUUAAUUUUGUUCCUGGCAUGGCCAUUUGCUGCAAUUGCAACAGCAUGCUGCCCUGAAAAGUUGACCCAUCCGAUCAGUGGUUGGAGGAGGAAGAUUGCUCAUCCAGCUUUGAAGUUUCUGGGCCGUGCCUUGUUCUUCUCGAUGGGGUUUAUGGUGACCGUGAAGGGGAAGAUCGCGAGCCCCUCGGAAGCCCCCAUUUUUGUCGUCGCCCCUCACUCAACAUUCUUCGAUGGAAUUGCCUGCGUUGUAGCUGGGCUGCCUUCUCUGGUGUCACGCAAUGAGAAUGCACAGACCCCUCUGGUUGGCAGACUGUUACGGGCUGUGCAGCCAGUUUUGGUGUCCCGUGUUGACCCAGAUUCCCGAAAAAACACAAUAAAUGAAAUCAGAAAGCGGGCGACAUCCGGAGGGGAGUGGCCCCAGAUACUUGUUUUCCCAGAAGGUACUUGUACUAAUCGCUCCUGUUUGAUUACUUUUAAACCAGGAGCCUUCAUUCCAGGAGUUCCAGUGCAGCCCAUACUCCUCAGAUACCCAAACAAACUGGAUACUGUGACCUGGACAUGGCAAGGAUAUACAUUCAUCCAGUUGUGUGUGCUUACUUUCUGUCAACUCUUCACAAAGGUGGAAGUUGAGGAGAUAUGGUUUUUGUGGGAGAAAAUAAAGUCUGACAAGUCUUGGACCGAACCUGGGCCAUGUGAAUUCUCUAACACUGGGGAGUUCCUGCCUGUCCAAGCACCAAGUGAUGAGGAAAAGAAUGAUCCUGUUCUUUUUGCCAGUAGAGUCCGGAAUUUAAUGGCAGAAGCGUUGGCGAUACCAGUGACAGAUCACACCUACGAAGACUGCAGGCUGAUGAUCUCAGCAGGACAGCUAACGUUGCCUAUGGAAGCUGGGCUGGUAGAAUUCACUAAGAUUAGCCGGAAAUUGAAGUUGGACUGGGAUGGCAUUCGCAAGCACUUGGAUGAAUAUGCCUCUAUUGCCAGUUCCUCCAAAGGAGGCAGAAUUGGAAUUGAAGAGUUUGCAGAGUACUUAAAGUUGCCUGUUUCCGAUGUCCUGAGACAACUUUUUGCACUCUUCGACAGGAAUAAUGACGGCAGUAUUGACUUCCGAGAGUAUGUGAUCGGCCUGGCUGUCUUGUGCAACCCUGCCAACACGGAAGAGAUCAUCCAGGUGGCAUUUAAGCUAUUCGACGUUGAUGAGGAUGGCUACAUAACAGAGCAGGAGUUCUGCACCAUUCUGCAGGCUUCUCUUGGAGUGCCUGACCUUGAUGUUUCCGGUCUCUUCAGGGAAAUUGCCCACGGGGACUCUGUUUCCUAUGAGGAAUUCAAAAGUUUUGCCCUAAAGCACCCAGAAUACGCCAAGAUCUUUACAACGUACUUAGACCUCCAGACAUGCCAUGUGUUUUCGUUGCCAGAUGAAGUCCAGACAGCUCACUCCGGGGCUAGUAAUAAAGUCAGCCCUGAGAAGCAUGAGGAGGGCGCCUCAGACAAAAAGGUUGAUUGAGUCGGUGUCCCCGUGAGGAAAGCUCUGCUCCUGCCUGUCAUUGGGAAGGUGUUUGUUGACAGCAUUGGACGUGUGCUUAGCAACUAAUGAAGUUCAAAACAGAAAGCUUUUUUACUAAAAUGACAUAUUUUCUUCCUAAAAUGCUUUUAUUAACUUGCAUAUAUCAAGUAAGUUCCUUUUGUCUUACAUUGUGCUCUUACUGGUUGCUUUAACUGGCAAUAAAUACUGUAUAUUUUUGUGAAUUUUUCAGUUCAGUUUUCAUAAUAAACUCACUGGUCUUCCUCUGUAUUGGCCAACAUUGGUCAACACUGUGAGUUUAGCAAGUACAAAUGAUUUUCAGUUCUUCCACAUAUAAUAAUACUCUGUUUUCUCUAAUUGCUUCCCUUUCUAGAAGUAAGGAUAAGGAAUCUGAAAAGCAUGGCAGAAUUUUGUAUUUUUAUCUUUGCAGGUUUAUUUUCCCAUUUAGAUUUCAGUUUCCUUGGUCACUGGCCAGGAGCUGGCCAGGAGCGGGAAGUGCACCCUUAGCUAGAUGUUGCCUUCUAAGAGCGCACAUUCCCCUUGAGAUGCAUCUCUAUUGCAAGUUUUUUUUUUUUUUCAAAUGCCUCCUAAGGUCAGCAGGUCCUUUUCUGCUAUCCAUAGUGUGUUUCAAAAUGACCGCAGUGACCACAGCUGAGUGGGAAUUGCCUUAUUGAAGGGAACAGUGAUUGCCUAAUGGGAAAAUGAAUUGUUUGCUACAGAGUUGAAUUGAAUUUGAGUUGGCUGGUUCUGAAGGUAGCACUUUCCCAACAGAUAAAUCAGAUUUGUUCUAUUUAUAUAAUGGUCAAAUUAGUAUAUUUUACCAUCCAAUUCAAGAGAGAGUUUUAUUGUGUUUAAUUUUCCUCUCAAACUUUAGAGUUUGUCAGAACUAUCCACAUGGAAAACAGAUGCUUCCAAUGUAUCACCAACAGCUAAGGAAUCCAAAAGCUUGGUUUGUCAAUGCGUGGCCACAGUCUACACCCAGGCAGAAAUCCAACAGCAACGUAGCCCCUCUAUGUUAGGUGAAAAUUUCUCCAAAUUCCAUUUUUAUGGGGACCCGUGUGUGCAUGCUCUUAAUAUCACUUACAUUUGCACUUUCGAAUAAAGGACCAGUUUGUUAAAAGAAUGUACAGAAAUAAUUGGUUACUGUUCUGCAUUUAGUCUUUGAUACCAAAUGCUUUGUUCUGACUAGGUUUCAGAAUUUACUAGCCAGUCUGCCGUAAGUUAGAGUUUUCAAGUCCGUUUUGAGGCUCCGAAGUUUCCGGGACGCGUUGGAGACUAUAUUUACUCAAGGGCCGUGAUUCUGAACUACUUUCACACACGAGGCAGGUGUUUUCUAAGUUAAUGACUAAAUACAUAUUUGGAUAUUUGAGCAGCAAAGUUUUAUCCUUAAGUAUAUGUAAUUAUUUACUUUUCAUGUGUAUUAAAGCACUUUUAAGAGGCGUUAGAUGAGCUGAAGCAAUUGCUUAAGUAAUUAAUUAUGCUAAGUAAUGUUUACGCUGAUGUCUGUCAGACACAGUAGAUGUACAUACUCAGGUAAGCCCAGGAAGCCCAUAUGUUAAUCCACUAAUCACGGGAGAGUAACAUUCGGAAUUAGAGGCUUUCUAUGAGGCUCUCAGAAAUGAACCCAUUAUUUCCUUGUGUUUAUACGUCGACUUCUGUCAGUAUGGUGUUUCUAUUUUACGGUUUCAUCAAUGAACAAACAAAUUUGCAAUGUAAAACUUGGCAACUACAAAGUUCUGGUUUUAUGAUGUU